GCCUGAAGCGGUCAAAACUUACUGCGCAGCGCGACGGCGUGAUUCUGAGGUCCGCCCUUCAGGCGGGAGGAGGCGCCCGCAGAAAGGUGGAGCCUAUCAAGUCGGAGGAGGCUGGUCCGCCCGCUCCCGCGUAGAACUUUGAGGUGGCAGGGCAGGUUUUGAUUCUCUGCCGAGGCGGGUCCUAGUUUCUGUACUCUGGUAUUCAAAAUGGCACUUGAAGGAUAUGAUUACUCCAGAAGCUAAUGAAAAUGCUCUAGAUGUUGCACCUUAAGCUUACACCAAAGAAACCAUAAGACACCAUGCUAUGACUGACAGAUGUUUUGUUUGCGUGUUUGAUAUCCCUCUGGAAGGCACUGAGUCCCCACAGGAAAUCACCAUGGCAACUGGACAGAAGUUGAUGAGGGCUAUUCGGGUUUUUGAAUUUGGUGGACCAGAAGUGUUGAAACUCCAGUCGGAUGUUGUAGUACCAGUUCCGAAAGACCAUCAGGUUCUUAUCAAAGUCCAUGCCUGCGGAGUCAACCCAGUGGAAACGUACAUUCGCUCGGGCACGUACAGUCGGAAACCACACUUACCCUACACUCCUGGCACUGAUGUCGCUGGGGUAGUAGAAUCUGUUGGAGAGAAUGUGUCUUCUUUCAAGAAAGGUGACCGGGUCUUCAGCACCAGCACCAUUUCGGGCGGCUACGCAGAGUAUACCCUUGCUGCGGACCACACCGUGUAUGCCCUGCCCAAGACCCUGGACUUCAAACAGGGAGCUGCGAUCGGCAUCCCAUACUUCACGGCCUUCCGGGCUCUGCUCCACAGCGCCCGCGUGAAAGCUGGGGAGAGUGUUCUGGUUCAUGGGGCGAGUGGAGGAGUUGGAUUAGCUACAUGCCAGAUUGCUAGAGCUUAUGGCUUGAAGGUUUUGGGCACAGCGGGUUCUGAAGAAGGACAAAGAAUUGUUUUGCAAAAUGGAGCCCAUGAAGUGUUUAAUCACAAAGAAGUUAAUUAUGUUGAUAAAAUUAAGAAAUCUGUUGGUGAGAACGGGAUUGAUGUCAUCAUUGAAAUGUUAGCGAAUGUGAACCUCAGCAAUGACUUGAAACUUCUGUCCUACGGGGGAAGAGUAAUAGUAGGCGAAGCCAUUUGGCUUAGGGUCACUUCAUCAUUGAUGCAGCCUGCCCCAUGGGGAAGACUGGAAAUGAAAGCUGAUGUUAAACUGAGGAGGAUUUCCAGCAGUCUGCAGCUGCCCUUCAAGCCGGGAUGGAACUCGGUUGGUUGAAGCCUGUAGUAGGCUCUCAGUACCCACUGGAGAAGGUGGCACAGGCCCAUGAGAGUAUCAUCCAUGGCAGUGGGACCAUUGGGAAGAUGGUUCUUCUCUUAUGAUGAUCAAUUCUUUCAUGGUCUUCCUAUGUAAAGGGGAGACUCUCCCCCUACAAGUCAUUUACAUUGGCUUUAAUUAGUGUUCAUUUGAUUUAGUUUCACAUAUUGAAGACCAGAAUUUUUCUUUAUGGAGUAGACAAUGGAGUAGGAUUUAUUUUGUGAUAUGUUUCAUGUCAGAUGCCUCAAAUGAAGGCAGCAUCGUGGUAGGAAGCUUCAUGUUAAUGGCCAUUUGAAUUGGCAUGCAUUUCAGAUCUCCCUGUGUAGCUCAAGCUAGCCUUCAACUUGAAGCCUCAGCUUCCCAAAGGCUGAGAUUGUAGACACAUACCUCCAUACCUAGGUUCAUUUCAAAAAUUCUUAAUUGAUUCUUAAUUGCUUCAACUCCUUUCAAUAAAACAUGCCAACACAGAUAUGAAUCAGGGAUUUCCAAGCCUGCUAAUCUUUAUUUAAGGUUCACCAGUUUUCUCCCACUAACCCAUGGCUGUUUGGGACUCUGCAGAUAGUUCAGACUAAAAACAAAAAUGCCUUCCUCUUUGAACUAACAUCAUAUGACCAUUGGUAGGACAGAAACAUGCAGUGCUCCUAACGGUGGUUAGUUUUCCUAACAUUUCCACAAAUAUACCCACUAUACUGUUGGCUGGUCCCCAGAACACCCAGAUGUUGGGCAGCGUUGUUGCCGGUCUGUGGUGGGCAGAACAGUCACCUGUGUGACACUCCUUCAUUGAUGGGGAUUAUCCACUUACGUGAUGUGGGUCACAGAUUUCUACUUGAGUUAAUAAGUCCACAAGUUUGACAAUAAGGACCGUCUGCUUUGGUUUUUCUAAUAUGGUAACCUCGAAUAAAUUAUAUAUAACAUGAAAA